AGCAUUUGCAGACGGACGAUGAUCUGAACCACAUUUUGAUGGAGCUGCAGAGAAAGUCCAGUGUGCCGAUAUUUGAAGAGGUGGACAGGGACGUCUUUCUUCGGGAUGUUUAUCCUGAGCGAAGGCCAGCUGUGCUGAGAGGCGUGAAUCUUGGACCAUGCCUGGAGAGGUGGACAGCUGAAUACCUGGGCCAGGAAGGAGGUGACAAAGAGGUGAAGGUCCAUGUAUCUACCGUUCCACAGAUGGACUUCCUUCACAAAAACUUUGUGUAUAGGACUCUGGCGUUUAAUGACUUUAUGAAACGAGCAUCUGAGAAAAAACACACCGAUUACUUCCUCUGUGAAAAUGAGAGCUACUAUCUUCGGUCGCUUGGAGAGGAUGUUCGAAAGGAACCUGCCGACCUGAGUAAACAGUUCCCUGAGCUGGCAGAGGAUUUCCACAUUCCGCAGUUCUUUGAACCUGACCAGUUUUUCUCCAGCGUCUUUCGUAUCAGUUCCUGUGGCCUGCAGCUGUGGACACACUAUGAUGUGAUGGAUAACCUGCUGGCUCAGGUGACUGGCAGGAAACGUGUGGUUCUCUACAGCCCCCAGGAUGCAUUGCACCUCUACCUGUCAGGAGAUAAAUCUGAAGUCCUAGACAUCGACACUCCAGACUUGCAACGUUUUCCUGAGUUUGUGAAGGCACAGAGAUACGAGUGUGUGUUGGAGCCUGGCGACUUGCUUUUCAUCCCCGCUUUGUGGUUCCAUAAUACCCUGGCACUGCAGUUUGGGGUGGGCGUUAACGUGUUCUGGCGCCAUCUGCCUGCAGAAACCUAUGAUAAAAAGGACCCUUAUGGCAAUAAAGACCCCUUGGCUGCAACAAAGGCACUUCAGGCGCUGGAGAGGGCAUUACACACGCUUGAUGACCUCCCACCAGACUAUCGUGACUUUUAUGGCCGUCGAAUGAUUCAGCGCAUUCAACAGCGGACGUCCUCCACCUGUCUUCCAAAACUAACUGCACAUAGAGACCCUGAGGGUACAUUACCCAGCAGCCCACUCACCAAACCUGGAUGAAUCAGUUGCUGUGGAAAAA